UCACGAAGAAAGAGGGGACCACACAUCCGGCCAAGUUCAAGAACCAAUUUCCGCCGAUGAACGUUGAAAGUCCCAAGUAUACGUGUAUCCGCGUCUCUCUCUCUCUCUCUCUCGAUUCGGAUUCUCCCGAAGAGCAAACAACCGUCCGAGGGAAGGGGAUUCUUCUCCCCGUAUCGCUUUUGGGGUAUAUAAGCUACGCGCUUGAUCAACGAAACACAUCACCGAGCUACCACUCGAUCCAACCAAAUCCACUUCAGUCAUGGCAUUCAAGUUCGUAGCCCUUUUCGCCCUCGUGGCAGCAGCCAACGCCGGAUUCAUCCCAGCGGCGCCAGUUGCGUACGCAGCAGCCCCGAUAGCGAAGGCGGUCCUGACGAAGACGGUGGACGCCGAUUACGAUCCCCAUCCCCAGUACAACUACGCUUACGACGUGCAGGAUUCGUUGACCGGUGAUUUCAAGAGCCAGCAGGAGAGCCGAGACGGUGACGUUGUCCAGGGAAGCUACUCGCUCCUCGAGUCCGACGGAACCCGGCGCAUCGUCGACUACACCGCCGACCCGGUCAACGGAUUCAACGCCGUUGUCCGCAAAGAGCCCGCUCAAGUUGCCGUCAAAGCCGUAGCAGCUGCACCGCUCGCCGUCAAAGCCGUCGCCGCUGCUCCCCUCGCCGUCAAAGCCGUCCACGCCGCCCCUCUCGCAUACGCUGCACCAGUUGCUCACGCCGCACCUCUCGCCUACGCCGCACCAGUUGCUCACGCCGCUCCUCUCGCCUACGCCGCACCAGUUGCUCACGCCGCACCUCUCGCCUACGCCGCACCAGUUGCACACGCAACUUACGCCGCUCCCGCAAUCGCCAAGUACGCUGCCCCCGUCGCGUACGCCGCUGCACCAGCCUACGCUAAAUUGGCAGCUCCGGCUGCAUACGCCGCCGCACCGGCCUUCGCCAAGCUCGCUGCUCCCGUCGCGUACGCUGCCCCAGCUGCCUACGCUGCUGCCCCAGCUUACUAUCAACCCUCCUGCAUUUAUACACACGCGCAUACAUUUACUUCGAUCUUUGUACAACGCACGAAGGUGCACGAGUGCAGCGAAGUUUCGAGUAUAAAUAGUCGUUCCACCCUGUGUCCAGUCAGUAUCAGACGCAUCGUUGUACACGCAGCUACCUCACACAUCAUGGUUUUCAAGUUCGUAACCCUCUUCGGCCUGGUGGCUGCGGCAAACGCCGGUUUCAUCCCAGCGGGACCAGCGGCCUACGCAGCGGCUCCAUUGGCCUACGCAGCCCCCGUGGCGAAAGCGGUCGUCGCGAAAACUAUCGACGCCGAUUACGAUCCCCAUCCUCAGUACAACUACGGUUACGACGUGCAGGAUUCGUUGACCGGUGACGUAAAGAGCCAGCACGAGAGCCGGGACGGUGACGUUGUCCAGGGCAGCUACAGCCUCGUCGAGGCCGACGGCUCCCGGCGCAUCGUCGACUACACCGCCGACGCGGUCAACGGAUUCAACGCCGUUGUCCGCAAAGAGCCCGCUCAAGUCGCCGUCAAAGCCGUCGCCGCUGCACCCAUCGCAGCUUACGCCGCACCAGCCAUCGCCAAAAUCCACGCUGCACCUGCACCCGUCGCCAAAAUCGCCACGCCCAUCGCUGCCUACGCGGCACCCGCCGCCUACGCUGCACCCGCUGCCUACGCUGCUCGUCCUCUCGCCGGCGCAGCUUACGCCGCUCCAGUCGCGUACGCCGCAUCAGCUCCUUACGCCAAAAUCGCCGGACCAAUCUCCUACAUCUCUCACGUGAGCUACUCCACCCCUCUCUUCUCCUAUUCCCGAAUCAUCGCUGUUUCAGUGGUGAUAGUAGGCGAGGGGGGAAUAGUGAGCGACGGGUGCGGCGUGGACUGCUUUGACAGCGACCUGGGCAGGUUCCUUGCGAACGACGGCGUUGAAUCCGUUGACGGGGUCGGCGGUGUAGUCGACGAUGCGCCGGGAGCCGUCGGCCUCGACGAGGCUGUAACUUCCGUGGACGACGUCGCCGUCUCUCGUCUCUUGCUGGUUCUUGAUGUCGCCGGUCAACGAAUCGUGCACGUCGUAACCGUAACUGUACUGUGGAUGAGGAUCGUAAUCAGCGUCGAUUUGCUUGGCGACGACGGUUUUGGCCAGGGGUGCGUGCAAUUGUUCGUUCUCUGCAGCGCAGUGGCGUUGGCAGCAGCGGGAGUGGUGCCGGUCGCACCGGCGGCUCCGGUUUUGGCAAAACUGGAGGAUUUCGACGCGGCGCCACAGUACAGCUUCGCUUACGACGUCCAGGACGCGAUAACCGGAGAUUCUAAGGCUCAGUACGAGAAGCGAGAGGGUGACGUUGUCCAGGGAAGCUACAGUUUGAUCGAGGCCGAUGGAACCAGGAGAAUCGUCGAUUACACGGCCGACCCGAUCAACGGAUUCAACGCCGUCGUCAGCCGGGAGCCCGCGGUCGCAGUCGCGGCUGCUCCGGUCGUCGCGAAAGCUCCGGUCGUCGCGCCGGUCGUUGCCGCACAGAGGAUCGUCGCCCCGGCGAGAAUCGCCGCUCCCGCGGUCGCCGCUCCCGCCGUCGUCGCCCCGGCGAGAAUCGCCGCUCCCCUGGUCGCCCCGGCGGCUCCGCUGGCCGCUGCGCCCGUCGUCCCAGGACACGUCGUCCCCGCGCCUUUCCCUUACACGCUGCCGCGGGCCGUCGCUUCGAGACUCUCCGCACCGCUCGUCUACCCUUCGCCCUACGCGGCCUACGCGUUCUAAAGAUCUCGAGCCCGCAGCGACUGUGCCGAUGAAAAAAGCCGAUUUUUUUAUACCGCGUCCCGCCACACUGUACAUAAUUUCGUGGAUUUCAGUGAGCGAAUCCACUAAAUUGAAUAUUUUUACGAAUAAAAUUUGAUGAC